GUGGUCAGCCUGGACGGGGGCGUGGGCACUGCGAAGGAACGCCCGGCUGCAGACGCGGCUGCGGAGAUGGCGGCGCCGCAACCGUGCGCCGAUGGCUCCUGCUGCUCACGCCCCGGGGCUGUGCCCGGGGUCCAGCAGACGCUGGAGGAGAUGGACUUCGAGAGGGGUGAGGAGGGAAUCUGGUCAGCAGCCCUGAAUGGAGACCUGGGCCGAGUGAAGUAUUUCAUCCAGAAGGCCACGGACCCUAGCCAGCCUGACUCUGCUGGCUACACAGCACUGCACUACGCUAGCCGCAACGGGCACUAUGCUGUUUGCCAGUUUCUGCUGGAAAGCGGAGCAAAGUGUGAUGCCCAGACCCGCGGGGGGGCCACCGCCUUGCACCGGGCCAGCUACUGCGGCCACACAGAAAUUGCACGAUUGCUGCUUUCCCACGGGUCCAACCCCCGCUUGGUGGAUGACGAUGGCAUGACCAGUCUGCAUAAGGCUGCAGAGAGGGGUCACGAGGACAUCUGCUCCCUCCUCUUACAACACAGCCCAGCCCUGAAGGCUGUCCGGGACCACAAAGCACGCCUAGCAUGUGACCUGCUGCCCUACAACAGUGGCCUGCGGGACCUGUUGGCCAGCUGAGGCGCCGCUGCCUGCCUCUGGUUGCCCUUGAAGGGUACAGACUAGCUCUCCACACCCCUGCCUUGCUCAGCAUCAUGCUGUUGGAUGGGACCAGGGCCAGAGUGCCCGGAAGAGCCCCCGUUUGGCUGGGUGUGGGAGCCAGUAGGGAGGCUAGGGAGGGCUUGAAGGCUGUGACCCUGGACAGGUGGUCAUGUAAAUUAGUCCUUGUAGAAACAGGUAUCCAUGUGGAAGAAAAUAAAACUUAUAUCUUGACACCAUCCCACAGACAAAAGAUAAAUUUCAAGAUGUAGAAUCCUAAAUACAAAAGUGCAAAACUUUGAAGUAUA